AUGUCCGGUCCGCUUCAGCGCGAGCAGCAGGCCGUCGGCAAGGGCAAGGGCAGCAUGGCUCCUGGGAUCAGCGGUAGGCCACCCAAUGACUCGAAGCCCUCCACUACGGCGUCUCUCAUAUGCUUGCAUACCUUGCGUUCAGGUUGUUCAGCUGGCCACUAUGAAAGGUGAAAUUUAUCGGAGGCGGUGCUGGUUGCUCCGUAUGCCAUCAUACUGCUCCUUGCCGUACUGGGCAACGGCCUGGUGAUUCUGACACUGGCUGUCAACCAGCGCAUGCGCACAGUGACCAACUUGUUCCUUCUCAACCUCGCCGUGAGCGACCUGCUCCUCGGCGUGUUCUGCAUGCCCUUCACUCUCGCUGGAGUCCUUCUGCGCGAGUUCGUCUUUGGACAGCUCUUGUGCAACCUCAUACCUUAUCUGCAGGCGGUGUCGGUGUGCGUUUCUGAUUGGACCCUGGUGGCCAUGUCAGUGGAACGCUACUACGCCAUCUGUGAGCCACUGCGCUCACGAUCGUGGCAAACACCUCGGCAUGCGCAACGCACCGUCGCAACAGUAUGGACCGUCUCGUUUCUCCUUAUGCUGCCAAUCGCACUGCUCAGUGAACUGAGGCCCAUCAGGGACUCUCGCAAGAUGAAGUGUCGAGAGGACUGGGGGGACCUUCUUUACGAACGACUGUUCACGCUGUUUCUGGACGUGCUGCUCCUUGUGCUGCCACUCCUCAUCAUGGUUACCACGUAUGCGCGCAUAGCGGCCACUCUGCGUUCAGCCAUGCAGCAACAGCAGCAGCAGCAGAGCGAAGAGGCCACAGGCUCACCGAAACACAAUGGCUCCCCGUUAGCAGCCGUACAUCCGGCUGAGCGCGAGGCGAGCCCGUCGCUGCGAAUGCGUCGGGUCGCCACCGUGCGAUGGCACCAGCGGGACUCCGACCGGUCGCUGGCCACCAAGCAGCGCAUUAUACGCAUGCUGUUCGUAGUGGUGGUCGAGUUCUUCGUUUGCUGGACACCACUGUACGUGCUCAACACGGUCUCGCUGUUCCGACCGGAAGCUGUGUACUACGGCCUCGGCUAUCGGGGCAUCUGCUUCCUGCAGCUUCUGGCGUACGCCUCGUCUUGCUGCAAUCCCAUCACGUACUGCUUCAUGAACAGAACAUUCAGAGUCAGUUUCCUCUCGCUGUGCCACCGAAGAAAGCCCAAGCAAGGCCCAGGUAGUGUGCGAAGCCUGACUAAAAAAGACGGUGUUUACUUCCUUGAUCGGGAAAAGAAUUAG